AUGGCCUUCCUGGUGGCUGGGACCCUGCAGGUGGCCUCGCUGUUGGCAGAUACCCGACAGAGUCUGGAAAGAAAGGUAGUAGGAGGCCCCACGUGGCCCCGCCCACUCCUGGCUCUCAGGGGAGCCCCUCCGCAGCCCACUCUGGCCUUGCCUCCCCAGGGGAAGUACAGCUUGCAGGGUCCCAGGGUGGCCCUGACGCUCAGCACCCCUGAGGUGUCAGCCUCUACCGUGGCUGUCCUGGAAGCCGUGUUCCGGACCCUAGGCUUCGAGCGCUGCCAGAGGACCGAGGCCUCUGUCCAGGGCUUCCUCGGGGAGCUGGCUGGGUUCCGGGAGCAGCUGGACGGCCUCGGGGGCCCUGUGGGCUGUGCCCUAGUGGCUCUGCUGGCCCCCCGUGGGCAGCUGGGGCAGCCCCAGCAGCUGGUCCGGGAGCUGAGCCACUGUAGGGCCCUGUGGGGCCGCCCCAAGGUUUUCCUGCUGCUCUCGAGUGCUCCUGGGGGUGAGUGGCCCAGGGAGACUGGGGAUGGGACGGCGCGAAGCAGGGCGGGGGCGGCGGGGGCCACCAGCUGCCUCCGGCCCACGUGCUGGUCCCCCCGCAGGUGCCCCGGAGCGCGGAGCCUUCCUCACGGGCCUGAGCCGGCUCUGUGGCCGCUGUCGGCGCUGGUCCCUGCUGCAGCUGCUGACGGAGGUGGGGGCCCAGACGGGACGUCCCUGGGUCGGGGGCCGGCCGGCCCCUUGCCCUGGCUCUGCUGUGCUCUCCUGAGCCUGUUCGGCAGAUUCCCGUGCCCCCCCCACAACCCACUCAGGAUCCCCCAGACCCUCCACACUGCUCCUCAGCUCCGUGCCUUGCCCAUGCUGCUCCGUCUGUUUGGCCCGCCCUCCUGUUGUCUCGGCCAGCCCCACACAUUCCCUUCCAGGCUGCCAGUGAUGCCCGUCCUUGGGCUCCCCGAGUCAACGCUUGUGCUUUGGCCCACCCUGUUCACACUCACACAGGCAGGGACCGUCCCGUCGGACUGCAGGUGA